AGGAUUCUGCGCGCGUGGUUCAACCGGCGCAAGCUCUUCGCGCACAGAUCCCUCUCGCCAGUCGCGAGUCGGAAAUUGUCGCGCGUGCUCUUGCACAUGAUCGUCGCUCCGAACGAACCGUUGACAAACACGUGGGUUACGUAUGCAUAAGGGUGACAGAAGAUGAUUUUAGUGCACCGAUGAGAUGCCGUGCCGCUUGAUCUUUAGUGAAGAGUGAAAAAUUUGUUGUAAUUUUUAUUACCGAGAAAACAGCGGUCAUGUGGUUAAUAGAAUUUCUGGUGUGUGAUAAAGAGAUUAAAACAAAUUAGCCGCGACAAAGCUGAAGCGAAAUGGAAAACGCGUGCGGCAAAGUCUGCUGGAUCCUGGCCCUGCUUCUGCUCGUUUUCGAAGAUGCCACGGGUAUAAAAACCUUGAAAAUAACAGCACCGCAAAGGGUAAGAGUCGGGGACUCGGCUCUACUGACGUGCAGCUACGAUUUGGACGACGCCCAGCUUUACGUUAUAAAGUGGUACUUGGAUGAUGCUGAAUUCUAUCGAUAUGUACCCAAGAAGGAUCCACCCAACGCUAUCUUUCCUGUGCGAGGCAUCAAGGUUAAUGUGUCGAGUUCGAACUCACAGGACGUGACGCUAGUCAAUGUGAGAAGAAACCAUACUGGGCGGUACAGCUGCGAAGUAACCGAAGAUGGCCCAACUUAUGACACGAAAGUCCAGGAAGCUUAUGUUUUUGUUAUGGAUGUUCCAGAAACAGAGCCGAGAAUCGUAGUCGACAGGGACCGCUUACCAGACGGCGAAACACUUCGAGCGAAUUGCACCUCUGGUGCCUCCCGUCCCGCCCCCCAUAUUACGUGGACCCUCAACGGAGAACCCUUGAAUAACAUGACGAUGAGAUUCAAAGUACGGACGAAGACUUUGCCGAAGGUUUUCGGCCACAAAAAGUCCACGCAGUCUUCCCUCAGUUUGGAGACGGCUGGUAUGUUUCGAGACGGCCGUAUUCGCCUGCGAUGCUUUGCCGAAAUAACGCCGAUCUACAAAGCGUCGGCUUUGAAGGAAAUCACGGAGGAAAGACCCUACAUUGCAUCGAUGACGGGAGAUGCAUCGACACACAGCCGACUGAUUUUUUAUUUUUCAGAAUCCAGUGGAAGUGUAAGGGCCAAUUGGACGGCCUUCUGGCCUUACGGAUUGGCGUUGAAUGUUGUUCUAAGACUACUAGUUGGAACUGCUUGCAUGAGGUAGUUACUAAAUAAAGUGACUCCGAUAAAGACGACGACGAUGACAACAUAAAAACCUACGACCGUGAGGGUGUCUUCUCUGUUCGUGUAUGUACGAUUGAGUUAAUGGUUGAAUAAUUUUUAUUCGAGUAAUGAUCACAACGUUUUAUAAAAGAUAAAUGCAUACAAGUUUUAAUAAACUAUAAAUAUAAGACAAUGGAACGAUGUAAAGUAUAUGGGCCACAGGCAAAUAUGAUAUACAAGCUACUUUUUAACAUGUUACCUUUUGAUGUAAAUUGUUAAUAAAAUAUGCUUACCUUAUGCGUUCGCAUAUGACUGAGUAACCAUAAGUGAACGCUGACACAUGA